AUGAAGUCUACGAGUAUGAUCUCACGUCAGUUUUAUGCAAUCUCUAAGAGAUUAUUCAGCAGUCGCAAUACGGACACCUUUGGAAUUGUACUAGACAUUGAUGGAGUUCUUCAGCGAGGUAGAGAAGUGCUACCUAGGGUUCAAGAUGCUUUUAAACAUUUAACAGAUCAACAUAAUAAUUUUAUAGUUCCUACAGUCUUUUUAACUAAUGGGACAAACUGUCUCCGAUCGGAGAAGGCAGAAAAGCUUUCAAAUAUCUUAGAACUCCCGAUAAAACCCCAGCAAGUUCUGAUGGCUCAUAGUCCGUUAAGAAUGUUCAGUGAACUCCAUAACAAACAUGUAUUAGUUGUUGGACAACAACAUGCUCGCACCAUUGCAGAAAAUGUUGGGUUUACUAAAGUAACAACUAUUCAAGAACUUCGCACUUUCUUCCCAAAUCUAGAUUGUGUAGAUUUCUCAAGGAAGCGGAUUAGUGCGAACGAUGCUAUUGAACUUCGUAAGAACUUCCAGCCCAUAGAAGCGAUUAUUUUACUUGGUGAACCUGUUUGUUGGGAAUCAGGUUUACAACUUUUGGUUGAUUGUCUCUUGACCAGAGGAGUAAUGGCUGAUUUCCGUCGAGGCUCUCUGCCAGAUCAAUUACCUGUCAUCGCUUGUAAUGUUGAUUGGGUUUGGAUGGCAGAAGGAGUAGCUUUACCGCGAAUAGGACAUGGAGCAUUUUUACAUUGUUUGGAGACCUUUAUACACACCUUAACAGAUCGCUAUUUGCAUUAUCAUGCUGUCUUGGGCAAACCAACAGAAAUCAGUUACCUUCAUGCUGCUCAUGUGAUUCAACGGCAGGCACAUGAAAUGGGUUUGGAUUCAGUUAAGACUUUAUACGUGAUAGGCGAUAACCCUAUGUCUGAUGUCUUAGGAGCAAAACUGUUUGAUCGCUACUUACGACAUGGAGGUAGAGGUCGCUUCGAUCAUCUUGAUCUGGAUUUGUUCGAAGAAUCAGGACCUCCUGAAGUCCGUACUAGACAUGUAGUCGAUAGAUGCAUUUCAGUUCUUGUAGAAACUGGGGUUUAUAAAGAGGGAUGUCGCAUGAAUGGUGUUGCUGUGCAACCUGUAAAUACUUUGAUCGAGCAUCUCUCACCGGGUGAACAAGCAGCUUUACAGCAGCCAGAUUUUGUUGAACAUAAUCUGUAUGCAGCUAUUAGGCAAAUUUUAGCUAGAGAGAGGUACCGUUUACAACCCGAACAUUGCCUUCUGUAG